CAGUUAGUCAGUUGCUCACGAGUAAUCGUACAAGGCGGAUCUAUGUCCGAGUUAUUUUUAGUCCAAGUUUCCGCGUACGACGCUCCGGUGUUUCCUUAAUGUGGCUGAUCAGACGCGCUGCACAUCGUUUUAUUCAAGUUGAAGCGCAAAAACUAAAUUGGAUCAAAUUCAACAAUUUGCAUGCAAAAAAUUAUACAACACGAGCAGCUAAUAUGGACACUAUUCAUGACCCAUAUUUAAGACACCUGUUCGAUGGCGAUCCGAUAUUCAAUGUUUAUAAUAAAGAGGCCACAAAUUUGUCUGUCGGUGCACCUGGUCCUGAUCUGUUAAAACAUUGUGCAGAAAUACUGAAUAGAUCCACGCGACAUAGAUUGGAAGAAGAAGCAAAGGAAGGAAAUUAUUACCUCUUUCAGUAUGGUAUUACAGCGGGUCUUUGGGAAUGUCGUAAUGAGUUAGCCAAAUUUUUGAGCAGACGAUACGGUAACUCCGUAAUGAGAGAGCACUUGACAUUAACAUGCGGCGCAUCGCAUGGUCUUCAAUUAUUAUUGACUACCGUACUUUCGCCAAACGGUAUUAUCUUUGUGGAGGAAGUAACAUACAUGAUUGCUCUCGAUGCUUUUAAGCAGUUUCCGUUGAUGAAAAUAAUUACAGUGCCAAUGAAGGAUGAUGUGGUAGAUUUAGACGCAUUCGAAAAGAUAGUAGCUGAAGAAAAGAUGAAAGGCAACUUUCUCCUGAACAAUCAGAAAAUAUUCUGGGCGAUGUUUUACACUAUACCGAUUUUUCACAAUCCAACUGGAAUGACAUUGUCGCCAGAUCAGUGUAAGCGAUUAGUGGAAAUUGCACGAAACAAUUCCAUGCUGGUAGUCUGCGACGAUGUAUACAAUUUGCUUUAUUAUGGACAAGGAUCUCCGCCACGACGUUUACUUUCGUAUGACGAUCCAAAAGAUCCAAAUUACAAAGGAGGAAAUAUUGUAUCGAACUGUUCGUUUUCUAAAAUUUUUUCACCAGCGAUUCGCGUUGGAUGGAUCGAAAGUAAUCCGCGUAUCGCAAAUAUUGUGAAGACAUCAGGCGUAAUGUGCAGCGGUGGCGGAGUUAAUCAUUAUGUUUCUGGAAUAAUUGCGAGUAUGCUUCAGCAAAAUAUCGAGAAUGAGUAUCUUGAUAAGAUCAUAAAGAUCUAUAGGGAACGAUUAGAUACGCUUUGUACAACUUUGAAUCGAUUCCUGCCAAGUUGUUGUUCGUAUCGGCGACCAGGAGGUGGUUAUUUCGUUUGGAUCCAUCUUCCCACAGGUAUAGAUGGCACCAAAUUUGUCAAAUGGUGUCAAGAAGAAUAUAAAGUAUCAGCCAUACCUGGUACUCGAUUUUCAUACACGGGUGAAGCAAAGAAUUUUUUACGCAUAAGUAUAGGUUUUCAUACGAAAGAAGUUUUAGAAACUGCGACAGAAACUCUGUGCAAGGCACUUUUAAUAUAUAUUAGACAAGUUGAUUGUGAAAACAAUGUUGACUAACUUAAAAUGGCAAUUCUUUUAAGUAUUAUUUUAUUUAUAUAUUACAAUUAAAAUAAAUGAAUGUAUAAAAUUAAGAAAAGUAUCUAUUAAGAAAAAUAUUUUAUACAAAAGAACAGAAAAAAAGUAUAUAAAAAAUAUUUUACAAAAAAAAUUUACAUAAAACAUUUUAUACAUAUUUUAUUAUAGCAAUUGUGAAUAUAUUUAGAACUGUAAUUGUAAAUAUAAAUUUAAUAAUUAUGACUCUUUAUAAUUCACAUCAUUAUAAUGUUAAAGUAGGA